AUGUCUUGCUACGUUUUCUUCGAAUUUAGUCUUUUCACUCGCACUGAUGAUUUUUGCUUUUCCUUUGCAGAAGAAGAAGAGGUGACCACUAUCACGAGCGUCAGGAGGAACUCGUCCGAACAAACCGUCAGCAGUACGACCGUCACGAACACUAAAGUUUUAGAGAGUGUGACACGACCGGCUCCCAAACCUGUCUCUCCGUUCGCCAAGUUCCGCCAGCUGGAGAAACAGAACUCUGUCAAUUCCCCAAACUCGCCCAAGACGCCGCAGAGCCCGGGCUCUCCGUCGCAGCCUUACUUCAAGUUCACGGACCCGGCGCUGCAGCUCAGCGCGGUCACUAUUAAAGACCGCUUGCUGCAUUGGUGUCGCGACAAGACGAGGGACUACGAGAAUGUGAAGCUGGAGAACUUCUCGACGAGCUGGGCGGACGGGCUCGCCUUCUGCGCGCUGCUGCAUCAUUUCCUACCUGACGCCUUCGACUACUCGCAGCUCACGCCCGACAAGAGACGACACAACUUUACGCUCGCCUUCAAAAUUGCCGAUGAGAAGGCGGGCAUCUACCCGCUGCUGGACGUCGACGACAUGGUGGCGAUGCGCAAACCCGAUUGGAAGUGUGUCUUCACCUACGUCCAGUCCAUCUACAGGCGCUUUAAGGACGAACAAUAG